UGUGGUGAAACAUACCGGCCAAUAGCCAUUGCGACGUUAUCGAGUAGAUUUUGCCGCGCAAACAGUCCCAGUGGGAAUCGCCGUGGUAACUACAAUAUUACUGUGCUAGACAUGGAUCACAGUGAAGUUGAGGAAGAGGAGAUGGAAAAGUUAGAAUUAUCAACGGAUUCCAUGAAACUAACAAACAAGAGGCCACGUAUAGAUUCUGAUGAAGAUGAACAUGAACAAGAUACACAUGUUAAGAAACGGCGAUAUUCCUCCGGUAAGGAAUCCGAGGUAUCAGAGAAAAAUAGCACUGAAAUUGCCUCAGAUAAAAAUGGCAUAGAUAAGAACAAUAUAGAAGAAGAAAAAGAUACAAUAUCCUCUGAAAAUGAACCAGAUCUGCAUAAGAAAUCUUUGACGAACUCAGAUAUAAAUAAAACAAAUAAAGAUGAUGAAGAAAACAAAUUAAUAAAGAGCAAAAAUGAAAAAGAGAGUCCCUCGAAAGAUGAGAAUUCUACCGCCAAUGACAAUCUUUCAAAGAUUAAAGAAGAAAAUACAGAAAGCCAGGAUAGCCCAUCUAAAGGAUCCCCAAGUACUAAGGCAAAACCUAUUUUUGAUGACCUGUAUGACGAGAAAACUGAAGAAGAUAAUGUAACAGAUAACUGUAAAGAGAAUAGUGGAGGAAAUGGGACAAAAAAGAAACAUGCCUCAAAGAAUCGAAUUACAGAUACAGAAGUAGUAGAUGGGCUGGAACUUUUGGUGGAAUGCGCAAGUGACAAAGAAGGGUCGAGUUCGGAUAGCGAGAACGAGAAGGAAAUAAAGCCACGGCCAAAAACAAUGAUUGUUAAAGCUGAGCCAAACGCAUCAGAAUUGGAAUGUGGUUCGUCGGAAGAUGAGAAAUCUGAUGCACAGGAAGUCAGUGACACAGUACAGACUAAGUCAGAGACUAAAUUAGAGAAGAAAAAGGGGAAAAGAAGGGGGGCGCGAACAAGUUUCAGUAAACUGAAAGCUUCCGGAUCUGAAGACAGCCAUAAUAACAAUUCCGAUGAGGAUUAUAGUCCGCGAUCUAAAAAGAAGGUGAAGAAAUCGCCAGCGACGAAGAGAACGACAAAACGUUCCACUGAAUCAAAGAGAGGACGAGGCGGAAGAGCGAGGAGAAAUUCUCAGAAAAGGAGUAAUGAGGAUAUAUCCGAUGAAGAGAACUCAGACAUAAUUUCAGCGGACAAAAUUGAUAAAACGAUAAAGAAGGAAGAGGCGGAAGAGGAAUUGUCGGAGGGAGAAUCUUCGGUGAGUAAAAAUGAAGAGAAAAGUAACUCCGAAGAUGAAGAGAAGUCUACAAAGAUUAGGAGGACGAGACGUAGCACUAGACCAGAGGAUAACAAACAGAUAAAAUCGUUAAAAAAAUAUAUAAAAGUCGCUGGCGUGAAAGUAAAAUCUUACCAGGAGAUUUGGGCCGACUGUCGUACCAAUGCCGAAAGAAUUAAUCGCCUGAAAGAAUUGUUGGAGAAAAAUGGUGUUAGUGGGAGACCAUCGUUACAAAAAUGUAAAUGGGCGAAAGAAAAAAACGAGAAAAUGCGAGAGGUGUCCGAAUUGGACACAUCCAAUAUCAUAUCUGAGGGACGUGUUACGCGCGCAAGAAGAAAUAUGGAGAGCAACAAGCAGUCGAUAAUUUCAGACACGCCGCCGCGGCAUAGAGAAGCUCGUAACACGAUGAAGCGGCUUCGGACUGUUAUCGAUAGUGAUUCGGAAUAGAGCAGAAUAACUUGUUGGAUCCGCCUAAAAGUUAACGCCUAAAUAUCAUGCACGAUGUUACGUUCGUGCGUAAAAUAUAUUAUUCACAAGCUUU